AUGGCUUCUCCAGAGCCGAAGCAAGUCGUCUUCCUAGUGGGAGCAACAGGAAACACUGGGUCAUCUAUCGCAAAAGCUCUUGCACAACGACCUGAGAAAUUCGACGUAAAAGCUCUCGUUCGCCCAUCCUCUGCCCAUAAAAAUAUCGUUCAAGAACUGAAAUCUCUCCCAAAUAUCGAAGUUAUUCUUGGAGAUAUUGUUGAAGAUGACCAGAAGACGCUCGAAGUUCUUCUCAAGGUCCACAAUGUCGAUACAGUCAUAGUCACGACCAUCCCAUUUCAAGAGGAUCAACAACACAAUCUCUUCCGUGCAGCAAAGAAUGCUGGCGUCAAAAGAGUCGUUCCGUCGGAUUUCGGUCCCUCUGCCCCAGCCGGGGUCAUGAAGUAUCACGAUACUAAACUCCAAACACGGUCUUUCCUUAUCGACAACUCCAUCCCCCAUACGUUCAUCCAAGUCGGAUGGUGGGCCGACGCAAUGUUUCCCUAUCCUCAUUCUAUUGACUUAGGUCACUUUGGGGUUCUUGGUGGGAAACAAUUUUAUGGACCCGGAGACGUUAAGACUGCGCACACAGCCAAAGAACGUAUCGGAGACUUCGUUGCUCGUAUUAUUUCCGAUCCUCGUACGUUGAACGAGACUGUACAGACUUGGGACGGGGAAGCUACACUUGGGGAGAGUUGGGCAUUGGCUUCCAAGAUUACGGGAGAAGAUUUUGAUGAUUAUACUCGACUUUCAGCUGAAGAGAUCGAAGCACGAAUAGCAACUUCAGAAGGAUUUGACACAGUUGUGUACGAAUAUUUUCGUUCUAUGUAUAUCCGGGGCGACAAUACAGUCGAGAAAGCAGUCGCAUUGGGAGCUCUGGAUGCGAGGGCUCUUUACCCUGACUAUGUGGCUUUAUCACUGACAGAGGUAGCGGAGGAGCUGUAUAGCGAUUACAGCAAGAUUGGAUAUCGGAGGUUGGAUUGA